ACUAAAGAUUUACAACGAAUAAAUCAUGUUUAAUUUUAUGGAUAAUAUUGAAUUCUGUAUUAAUAUAGACUUCGAUUUAUGUAUUUAAAGAUGGUAGACCUUAAAGAUUGUAAAAUGGGUUUGAUUUUAGAGCUGAAUUAUGUGGUUAAGGAAAAUUUGUAGAUAGACCAUAUUUAUAUUAUCCAAAUCCAGCUACUGACAUAAACGUUGCUUUUUGUGUUUAAUAAUGUCCUUAAUCUACAGGUCCUUUAAUAUGUCUUUAUUAAACUAAUGGAAUCCCUUAUAAUUCUGUAUAUUCGAAAUUUUGUUAUGUUUAAAUGUAAUCGAAGCCUGUAGGUAAGUAUUGCAAACCUUAUGAACCUUAAAAUAAAUUGGCUUUAGAUAAUCAUUUAUUAAAAUUUGAUUUAAGAGUCAAAAGAUAUGUUUCUGAUAUAUAUAAUAGCUUAGAUAUGAUUGGUUUAGGAGCAAUUCUAAUUUCUUUUCUCUCAUUUAUUUUUUAUAUUUUUAUUAGGAAUAGUAAUUUAAUUGUAAUUUACAUGUUUUCUAUUUUUAUUUUUAUAAUUGGUUGUUUUGCUGGAUAUUCUUAUUUGUUUUACAGAGAAUAUUAAUUAGAAUUAGCUUAAAAUUGUUUUACUGGUAUUGAUGAGAAAUAAUGUGUGGGAGAUAGAGGAUAUUUAUAUAGGAUAUUUUGUUAUGUAAUAGCUGUAAUUGGAGGUAUUUAUUUGUUAACAUUAAUUAUGAUUGCAAAAAGACUAAGAAAAAUUACUAGUUUUUUUAUUACUGUUUCAUAGGUGGUUGAUAUUUUAACUUAGAUAAAAUUUAUACCAUAUUUGUUACUUUUAGCUGCUAUUUCUAUUGGGGGAUUGAUUUUAAUUAUGGUUCCUCAUGGAUUUACUGUGGCUGAUAUAGUAAUAAUACCAAUAUUGGAAGGAUAGAUAGAUGGAAACAAAGUAAAAACAAUGGAGUUUAGUAAAUUUUCUUAUGCAAUGGCCAUAUAUGAUAUAUUUAUGUUUUUUAUUUGGAUGUUUUUCUUAUUAGGAUUUAGGGAUAUAUAUAUCAGCUAUUGUUUAUGUAUAUGGUUUUUUACAAAAAGAAAAGAUACUGUUAAGAUUCCUAGAUGGGUAGUAUUUAAAUAGAUAUUUAGAUAUCAUUUAGGAAGUGUAGUAAUGUAUUCACUAGUUAGUGCAUGCGUAACAUUUCCAAAGUUAAUUAUGAAAUCAUUUAUUAAAAGUUUAAGUGGACUUCCUUAGUAUUCGAAUACGGUAAGAUAUUUAUAAACAUGUUGUAAGUGUAUGAUUGAUUUCUAUGAAAUUUUCCUAAGAUAUUUUUCUAAGCAUAGUUUAAUUUAAGUAAGUUUGACAAGUCUUGACUUUUACAUAUCUUCUAAAAGAGCUUAUGGUCUUAUGUUUAGAAAUUAGGAUAAAAUUAGUGAUAUGGAUUAAAUGUAAGAAUUUGUUGUAAAUAAUACUAAGUUUUGUAUUGCUUUUGUUUCUGCAUUAUUUGUUUAUGUUUAUUUAAGUUUUUUUGAAUAAACUGUUUUUCUUAAAAAUAAUACUAAAGAGAUUGAAAAUAAAGUUAUUCCUUCAUUAGUUAUGUUUGUUAUUGGUUAUUUUUUUUCUGCUAUAUUUUAAGGCUCUUAUGAUAUAACAUGUAAAUCGUUAAUUUAACUUUAUUUAAUUGAUUAGGAAAUAUUUUUUGGUGAAAAACGUUAUGAUGAAGAGUUUAUAAAUAUAGUGUUUUAAAAUUAUGUAAAAGAUGAUUAGAAUAAAUAUAUAAUAAAAUCAAAAUAAGGUGUUAAAAUAGAUUAAAAUGAAAUAGAAGAACAAAAUUAUAAUGAUGAUGAAAUGAUGAUAAAGAACAAGAUUAGAAUAAUACCAGUGAAAAUUCAGAAGAUAAUUAUAAU